UUCGUUGUCAUGUUUUUUGUGCCGCGAAUGACUCCUAUGGUGAUGAAUGGAAAAUGGAUUGCGGAACUUUUACACAAAAUUUCUCGCGAACUGGCUCUAACAAGUUUCUAACAAUGUAUAUUUCACCAUUCUAUACUAUACCCAAGAAGGAUACAUUGCAGGAAAAGGAGU